AUGGCUCUAUGUGCGUGUUGUUCAAAAGUCUCUACAGCAGAUUCUCUUGUUUUAGGGGCUAUCCAGAUUAUGAUUGCCAUCUUUAGUGUUUUCAUGUGGUAUCUCCUAUUGAUUUUGUAUAUAGGACAAAUUAAAGGAGUCUUUGGGACAUAUGAACCUAUAACUUACAAAACAGGAUGUUCUGUAUGGGGAAUUAUUUUUAUCAUUUCAGGAGUCUCCAUAAUAAGAGUAGCAAGGCAUCCAUCUCCACGCCUGCUUACAUGUACUAUGAUCAUGAACAUCUUAGGCAUAAUUGUUGCAGUUAUUGCAGUGGUUCUAACAGUAAUGGAGUUGUCUUCUUUUGAGUCUGUGUCGUAUAGGAAUUACGGACAAGCGAAACUUGGGAGAGAAAUUUCACGUGUUUUACUGGGCCUCUACCCCUUGGAAUUGUGUAUUGCUUUCACGUACACGAUCUUCGGCUGUGUUGGUUUGACCAAGAUCGGCGUGAGGAACGGUUGA